UUCAGCUGUAAGAAGACAGCCGCUCAUAACUUCCACAUGCAGUCGGUCUCCAUCCAGAGUCUGUCGGAGCUGGAGAGGGUCCGGCUGCAGGAGGUGGCUCUGCUCAGACUCGUCAAGGACUUCGAUCUGGGUUGCCAGAUCACCAUCCCCAAAGAUGGACAGAAGCGGAAAAAGUCCCUCAGGAGGAAGCUGGAUUCUUUAUCCAAGGAAAAGAGAGACAAAGAGUCGGACGGGCAGGCGUUCGGCGUGCCGCUGUCGGCGGUGAUCGUGAACGACCGGCGUCACAAGCAGCUCCAGGACGAGCCGGUCGACCGAGGAUCAUCUCUCCAGCACCUCACCGGCCGCAGGUCCACCAACAGAGAGCUCUCCAGCAGCAACUCCUCCCUCAGCUCCUCCUCGGAGACGCCCAACGAGGGGACCACGCCCGGGACCCAGGCGAUGGCCCUCCGCUCCAUGAGGCAGACGGGAGGCGUGUCUGUGGACUGCAUCACCGAUCUGGACGACAGCGACUCUCGUCUGCUGGAGGCCCUUCAGCUCUCCAUGCCCCUGGAGUCCCACGGAGAGAAGAAGAAGAAGAAGACGAAGACGAGCGACGCCAAGCUCAGCCUGAACCCCAUCUACAGACAGGUGCCGCGCGUCCUGGACAGCUGCUGCCAGCACCUGCAGAGGUCAGGUCUGCAGACGGUCGGCAUCUGGGUCGGGAGCUCCAAGAAAAGAGUUCGACAGCUGCGCGAGGCGUUCGAUCAGGGUGCUGACGUUGUUCUGGACCAGAGACACAGCGUUCACGACGUGGCGGCGCUGCUCAAAGAGUUUCUGAGAGACAUGCCUGAUCCUCUGCUGACCAGAGAGCUGUGCGCCGCCUUCAUCAGCUGCGCCUCUCUAGAUAAAGCGGAUCAGCACACGGUCAUGCAGUUACUCAUCUGUCUGCUUCCUGCCUGCAACAGCGACACCCUUCAGUGCUUACUUCACUUCCUGUCAGACGUGGCCAAUCGCGCGCAGGAUUCGCAGGACGCCGGCGGAAACCAGGUGAUCGGUAACAAGAUGACGUCUCUGAACCUGGCCACUAUCUUCGGGCCGAACCUGCUGCACAAGCAGAAGAGCUCUGAGAAGGAGUUCAGCGUGGAGAGCUCGGCCCGGAUGGAGGAGAGCGCCGCCCUCAUCAGCGUGGUGCAGCUCAUGAUCGACACGCACCGCUCUCUCUUCACGAUCUCAGCGGAGCUGCAGAAGGAGCUUCUUCUGAGUUUGCUGGACACAGACAGUGAUGUGGUGGAUUAUCUGCUGAGAAGAAGAACACCUCAGAGUGAGGAGGCGGGCCCGGUCCCUCAAACGCCCAGCUUCUGCCUCUCACCUCGCCAGCCAGCGCCGGUGGGUUCAUUCCCUAACGAGGGUGCUUUUCUGUCAUCUGCAUCGCAGAGAAGCUCUCCGGAGAGCAUACAUGAUAAGGCUCGUAUCUGGAGAACACGUCACGCUCUGCUGUCAGGACUUCAUGACAAGCUCCUCACAGGUUGGAUGGACACCUGUAUAAACGCGCAUCCUCCGACGUUUUCUCACGACGACGACAACGACACGCAUCCUGCGCAGGAGCCGCAAACGUCCCGCACCGAACGCAAAGAGCCGCUGCAGGAGACGGAUUCCCUGCCGUGUCCCUACAGCCACGUGUCACUUCCUGUCAGGGCGCUGCGUCACUGGCGCGGCGAUGAGCUUCGGAGCGGGCAGCAUCCAGACUGGCCCACAGAAAAGUGGCAAAUAUGGCAGCUCCUGUCAUCAGACAGCAUAGACACGCUUCCAGAGACCAUGGUGUGAGAACACCUCUUUUUUAGGCUCAUUUUUGAAUCCGUUCAGCCGACGUCCGUGUCUGGCCGGAGCACUUUUAGCGUAGCUUAGCAUAGAUCAUUGAAUCAGAUUGGACCGUUAGCAUCUCGCUCAAAAAACGACCAAAGAGUUUCGAUACUUUUCCUAUUUAAAGCCUGACUCUUCUGUAGCUAUACUGUGUGCUAAGACCGACACGAAAAUGAAAAGUUGUGGUUUUGAGGCUGAUUAUACCUAGGAACUAUAUUCUCAUUCCGGCGUAAUAAUCAAGCAAGUUUUUUGCCGUACCAUGACUCCAGCAGGCGCAGUGAUAUCACACAGCCAUUUCAGGCGCUAACGGUCUAAUCGGAUUCAAUGAUCUAUGCUAAGCUACAGCUAAAAAUGCUGCUGCCAUUUGUAAACGAGAAAAGUGAGUUGUUCCUUUAAAGGCACGUCGAAUGAGGCGUUUCUCCAGAUAUUUUCCAGACGGUCGACGGAAGAAUAAAAGGCAGACCAGGUUCGGAAUGAGCGAUCGGUUUUGGGUGAACUGUCCCUUUAAGAACCUUUUGAAGAGUCGGUUUGAAUCGAAUCGGAAACAACUCGCAGAACGUUGAAUCAGAUCGAGUUUGAAUGAGAGGAAGCGCCACAAAAUGACUGUUUACAGAUUUUAGAACAAUAACUACAGAUAUUCACAGUUUGGGGAGUGUUUUUAAUGUUUUAAAUUGAAGCUUGAGUCGUCAUACUCAAAAAAAAAAAGUUUUAUUCAUCUUAAAUUGAUCAAAAGUGAUUGCGAAGAAGAAACCAUGCGUUUGUGUGAACACGGUCCUUGAUAAUUAUA